CCAUUGAACCAUAAGCUACGAGCCCAUACACAGCAGGUGAAGGCCGUUGUAUGUAGGUUUCUGUUAUAGAUGAUGAUUGUUAGACUGUCGCCCAUGUCACUGAGGUUAGGAAUGUUGGGUUGGGUUUAAAUUGUGUAAAACUUCAAGCAUCAAUGAGAGAUCUCGCCGUGGAUAUUAAAUGCAAACUAUUCCGGAAGGCUUCGUUGAUCUGUGGUUCUUAUAACGCAACCAGAAACCUGUUGCAUGUGCUAGGGACUUUCCUAAUCACGCAGUUUCGACGUGGUACAGUGGAGAGUAUGUUGAUCUACAUUACGAUGAUAAUGAACGGAGUGCUGGCGCGACACACAAGGGACACAGACACAGGGAUUCCCCACAAGGACCAUCCCUAUAAGAUUCUACUAGUCGGGGGCUCCAGUGUCGGCAAGACGUGCAUUCUAAGACGUUUUGUUGACGGGGAAUUCCCGUGUAAAUGCAAGGCAACCCUAGGUUUGGAUUUCAAGAUUAGAUGCGUUCAAGUACAAGACCGAUUGCUUAAGAUGCAGUUAUGGGACACUUCGGGACAGGAGAGGUUUCGAUCCAUGACGCAAGCGUACUACCGUGGUGCGGCUGGUGUCAUGCUCGUCUAUGACGUCACAGAGGGGAGGACUCUAGAGGGCCUAAACGGUUGGCUCUCAGAUAUCAAAACGUACGCCCCGGAGGAUGUGGAUAUCAUUUUGUUGGGAAAUAAGUGCGACACGGUCGAGCAGCGUGUGGUUUCAUUUGAAGCCGGCGAAGAGUUUGCGAGACGCCAUGGAUUGAAGUUCUUUGAGACCAGUGCCCAAGAUAACACGAAUAUAUCGGAUGCUUUCGAGUCCAUGGCCUACCUUCUUGUAAAUAAAGUCACAGAGACGAGGAAACGAGUCAACAGUGUAGCGGUAACAUCUCCUGAUUCUAAUGGAAAUCCUUCGAAGUUAAGAUGGAAAGAUGGACUGAAACCCAAUUGUUCUUGCUAGCUGCGGACCCAGAAGAUGUCACUUUCCUUUUACCUUGAAACAAACUUGAAACUUCGUCAGUGAGUUUUGCCGCGCCCGACUGAAGCAUAAGAUACACGCUGGCUCUGGAGGCAGGUUUCUGGCGCUAUUCACGAGCCUCGAAGUGUGACGUAAGAUGUUCAGGCUAAUGUUUACUCGAUCUUGACAACUUUGAUUAUAAACUGCGUAUUAUCAGCAAAACUUAUCAAAUGAGGGCGCUCUGUCUACCCAGUUGACCCCUAUCAGGGUGCAGCCAUCUUGCACUUCUCCUAUUUAUAAUAAUGUUACCAAACCAAGGCCUGAAGAACAAUAGUCUGGUUCCUAGUUGCCAAAUUAUGAUUAGCUUUCAUUAUUGUUAUUCGAUACGAGGAACUUGCCCAAGAUGGAGGCAGAAUGAUAACGGUCUAUAGGCUAAGAUCAACGAUCUAAUGCUGACUUGAAGUGUCGACGCAUACAGCAAAAUGUGGACAGUUUUGUGGAUUCUGUGAUCGGUGGAUGCAGGCAUCUUUGGAGUCGAUACCGAAGUUAUAGUUCAUUGGAUGACAUGGAAAUGGCCCGAGAUAAAAUCGGUUUACUCUUUAAUGCCAUGUUUUUCUUUAUUGAUUUUCAAAAUCAAACUCGUUUAGAUUUGAGUCACCUUCAUAGGUCCCUUAAAUAAAGUCUUUUAGUAGGAUUUUAAAAAUAAUUAUUUGUUCUUUAUCGAUUGUUUGCAAUAACUAUGACGAAGAAAGCAUUGCAGGUGGCUUUGGGAAAUCUGUCCAAUUCUGUCCCCAGUGGGAAAUUAACAUGGGCUGAGAGAGGUUUAUUCAAAAGAGGGCGAUAUCAGAACCAUUUUACACACGGGUCGCCAUAAUUAUGGGAGGACAGAAUCUUCUUGGCGUUUGUCAAGAAGGCUAUAAUCUUGUUGCCAAAUAUUGGUUCAGAAACGUGUUUUCAUUUAGCGGAUUGGAUGAAGUGACGGUGCGUUUAAUAUAAAAUUUAUUUCGUUAUUCAGUGAUGUUGUUUAUGCUUUUGAGCGAUCCCACGGCUCGCUAUUUGUUUAAUGUACAUGAUGAACUACGAAGAAUCUACUAAAACUGUAAAGUUUUUUUUUGCUUGCCUAACUUGAUACUCAUGUGCCAUGAAAUGUAUUAAUUUGUUACUAAAGAUGUUCAUUAUUAUUUUAGAAACCGUGUUGCCUGUUUGGUGCUCUAGGACAACUUUAAGAAUGGUACGCAAUAUUUAAAGCAUUAUUUUUUAACAAUUGACAACUAAAACCCGCUUCAUACUCACUGCGAAGUUAUUUCUGGUGACACAAUAAUCGGUAUGCGCUGUUUAGGCAAUAAUGUGACGCAAGAAAAUGCCUUUUGAAUGAAGCAUUCGCAGGAAACAUCGAACCGGGCUGAACUUGUUUCAAAAAUUAUUCAAACUUAAUUUAAUUUUCAAAGAUUUCUCUUAAUGUACAGGUAUUUUUUUAAAUGAAUAUUCUUUUCCGUUUUUGAUAAGAAGAUGCGAAUAAAAUAAUCUGGGAAAU